AUGGGCCUAGUUAAUAUCAACAACCAGGCUCCACACAGGGAGACUGAGAAGAUCCUGAAGGACAUAUCAAGCUCAAUUGCACACAUCAAGAAACUCAGUGACAGCAAUUGGCAUACCUGGGAGCCUACCUUCAUUGACUGCCUCCAGAGAGUACACAAUGCAAAGGAGAUCCUAUAUGGCACCAUUGCACCUGGAAACAAAGACUAUGAUGAAGACUUAGGCAAAGCCCUUGUAGGCCUCAUCCAUGCUUGCUGUGACAGUAGCCCAGACAGCUGCAUUGACACCUACACUGUUAGAGGUGCUAAUGAGGAAGUACAGCUUGGUAGCACACUUUAUACUAAACUCAAGAAGGCACUGACACUGAAUGAUGCAGUCAAGCAAGCAGGACUACAGGACCACAUCCACACUGUGCACCUGCAUAACUGGGACAUGGUCAAGCUAGGCAAGGAACUUGACUCCAUCUGGAAUGAUGCAGCAUGCCUUGGCAAGCGUUUUGAUGAGGACCUCAAGAAAUCUACUCUUUACUGUUGCACAGCCCAAGAUUGGUUCUAUGCCAACUCUGUUGAUGCACUCAAGACUGCCAAACCUGAUUGCAAGUAUGAUGAGGCCUAUCAAACACUUGUGAAGAAGCAGCAAGAUGGUGAAAUCUCUGGCCAUAUCAGAGGAGCAGCCAGGGUUGCCAUGGGUACAGGACAGUCAGACACUAGUCAGGCAAUGCAAGCACCCAAGGGCAGAUGCAAUCCUUGCAAUCCUAUGGCCCCUCCAGAAUGCUAUGCUUGUGGAGAACCAAACCAUAUCACAUGCAACUGCACAAGCAGCAACAUUUCCCACAACCCCACACCCAACACAGCUGGAUCCAGUGCCCACCUGGCUCAAGAAGUAAGUCAGUAG